UGUUCUAAGUUUCUGUUAGCGUAACAAGUGUGAGACCAGUUAGAUUUAUUUACGCAAAUGGCACCGACACCGUAUCUGGUUAAUAGUGAUUGUGGUGAGGAGCCGAUAUCGCGUACUUAUCAGUACCGUAAAGUGAUGAAGCCGAUGCUAGAACGCAAACGCAGGGCUAGGAUUAAUCGUUGCUUGGACGAACUGAAGGAGCUGAUGGUCACGGCUUUGCAGAGCGAAGGGGAGAACGUGUCGAAAUUAGAAAAGGCGGAUAUUCUCGAACUGACCGUGCGACACUUGCACAAUUUGAAACGUCAACAUCAGUUGAUCCUUCCGCAGGAACAGUCGUAUGCCGAUAGGUUUCGUGCAGGAUUUACGCAGUGCGCCCAAGAGGUGACCCAUUUUAUCACGGGACCGUUGGAAAUCGUAGAUCCGAUGGCCGGCAGGAAGUUGCUGCAGCAUUUGGGAGCUUGCGUGAGAGAGUUGGACUGCGUCGCCCAGAACUACCAGACUCAACAGUCGAAUCACCAACAUUUGACGCCUCCGAAUUCUCCGUCGAGUGAUGUUAUUAAAGAGAAUAACGCGUCCAUGUGGAGGCCUUGGUGAAUGAACGCUUGCGAUCGAAAAAAUAGAGGGCCUUGUAGUUUUGUAAGUCACUGUCUUCCAAAUUUUUCUUGUUUGAUUUUCUUUAAAUUUUACGGAACUGUGUGUAUGAACGAUUCGUUUCCAGUUAGCUUUAAAACUGUGAUAAUAGAUUUUGUAUAAUAAAAUAGUAAUGUUAUUCUGUAAUUAGUAAGUACCUGACUGAUUAGUUUCUUUAGAAAAUAUGUUACGACAAAUUAAA